AUGUGGCUAUACAAAAAGGGACAGAGUGUUAAUGACACAAGAAAUUAUGAUGUUACAUGUAAAGAUGUUUGCAUGUUAUUUUUAAGUAAUAGAAAAGGGGAAAUUAAAUGUAGAACAUUUUUGGGUUAUAUCGUUUUAAGUAAAUUUAUGAAAUUAUCGGUUGCUUUUCUUUUACUUAUAUUAAUUCAGAAUUUACUAGUAAGCAAUGUUUCUUUAAUUUCUGAAUCACAUUUAUAUAAACGAAAUUCAAGAAAUUUUGCUGAGGGAUAUGAGAAGGAAUCUGAAUCAGGAAAAGAUAUAUUUAGUUCGAAUAAAAAUGAAGAACAUAAUAUGAGCCAAGAAUCAGAUAAUAAAAAAUGUGAUAAGUGUGAUGAUAUAAAUCAACCAGAACCUGUAGAUAAAAAUGACAAUACAUCAACUGAUCAAGAAAAUUCCAAUGAUUCUGAUUGUGAACCCUUACCAUUCGGAUUGAAAACUUCAGAAUUAAAUAGAAAAGUUACAGAAGAUGAAUUAGAAAGAAUGGUAAUAGAAUUACCAGAAAUGUUAGAGAAGAAAGAAAUGUAUUUAAUAUGGCAUUAUACUCAUUCUCUUUUGAGAGAUAAAUUUAAUAAAAUGAAAAAUUCUUUAUGGAAUGUAUGUGCGAAAUUAGCUCAUGAAUAUAAUUUACCAUUUAAGGUUAAAAUGAAGAAAUGGUGGAGUUGUUGUGGUCAUGUUACAGAUGAAUUAUUAAUAAAGGAGCAUGAAGAUUAUAAUUUAAUAUAUAAUUAUAUAUAUAGUGAAUCAUCUAGUCGUGAACAAUUUGUUAUACUUCUUAAUAUGAUAAAGCAUUCAUGGACAAAAUUUACUGUGGAUACGUUUAUUAAAUGUAGGAUAUCUUUAGAAAAUAGCAUGAGCAAUGUUACAAAAUAA